AUGAAAUCAAUCUUUUUAACUGUCCUUCUCCUUGUACUUUCGUUUAGUUUCGUCCACUCACAAGUUUACGUUACUGAAAAGUAUACAUCUGCUGUCGAUGCUGCCAUCAAAACAUUAGUCAACGAUGUUGAUUUCCAAGCAAUGAUGCUCAAUUUGACCUAUACCCCAGUUCCAGUUUGUGGUGAUGACUAUGCCUAUCCAUCCACAAAUCCAAUUGCCUCUGGAAAGACUGUUUGGAAUAUGUGUUAUCAAGAAGCUGAAUAUAUUACCUAUCCUUGGGGUUACAUUUAUGAAUAUGUCGGUAAUGGUAUUGUUAAAAAUAUCAAUAAGCAAUAUGGACUCGCUCUGACUGCCAAAUUCUUUUCUAUCAAUACUACUGAUGGUUUCUUUGAAUCACUGAAGGCUGCUGUUGAUAGUGGAAAAUGUGACGUUGUCGUUGCUGAUGUUACUCCAUCAACUGAAAGAACUACAAAGGUUCACUUCCAAGGUUGUCAAUACGGAGCUGUUUCUGAUGCCUAUCUCCGUGGACCAUUGGCCAGUAAUCUCACAAUUAACAGACACACUGAUUUGAAUCGUACUGGAAUUAUCGUUGCCGUCUAUCAGGGAACCACUCACGAAGAAUAUGCUCGUGCCAAUUUCCAAGCUGCUACCAUUCUUGCUGUUUCCUAUGAUGAUGCUUUCUUAUAUGUUGCCAAUAGUAAGGCCCAUGCUAUGAUUGGUAAUUUGUUGGAUGUUAAUGCUUGGCUUUCUAAUAAUCCAGGUGUUUGUAAAUCUUGUAGUGUUAAGACAUAUGGUGCUCCAAGUCCUUUCGGAAGUUUCACAACAGCAUAUAUCAUUUCGAGUGGAUCUGCAUUGACCAUGAAUUGGCUCAUGAUUGGUUUGUCAUUCAUUGCCACAAUGAUUGCCUUCCUCUUGUAA